AGUACUCGUCAGUACUGUUCAGACCUCUUAUUUCAUUUGACGGAAUCGUGUCGAGUGGAUAUUCAUAAUAAAUUCACUGACGUGGGCUUAUAUGUCUUUAAAUUUACAUACUAUACAUAUAUUGUGCAGCAAAAAUACAAAUUUUCAGUGUUACAUAUUCUAGUGCUUAAUCAAAAUUAUAUAAUGAGCCUAAGCAAUUGAUUAGAGCUAUGCCAAUACUGGUGCUAAAAUAUCAAUCAUACUAUAUAAUAGCAUUAUCAUUACAAAAAGUUUAUUCAUAUACUAAUUUGAGCUGUGAAAUUAUAAUUAUGCUUCAAGGAAUAUUCAAAAUAAGUGAACAAUAAUGAAUAAUAUGCAAUAACUUGAAAGUGACGAAUGAACCAAAGUUUUUCGUAUGUCCGCGUCAAAUAUAAUUGAUCAAUUUAAUGAGCGGCGAGGCUUUCGAGCGAUACCUGACGAAGAGGAAACUAGUUUAGGGCAUGAAUCAGAUUUGGUUAUGAGUUUAUCUCAAAAAGAAAUACUGAUUCAAGCAACGGCUUCUCAUCAGCAUCAAUUGGAACCACUCCCUAAGCCUACAACAAACGACACCUCACCACAAAACUCGGUUUCUCCUGCAGCCGCUGUCGCGGUUGCACAUCACCACCACAGCCUGUCUAGUAUUCAACAUCUUCAGAACUUGCACAGCCAACAUCAAAAUACUCUAUUCAACAAUAACCACUCAACACCGUUUAGUGUGACUGACAUUUUGAGUCCAAUAGAGGAAUCAUACCGCAAAUUGGAAAUUAACGGAAACCCGCCCUCCCCAUUUCGCUCUAAUUCUAGUGGCAGUAGUAUUAAUUCGCCAGGAACAGUAAGUACUUCAACAAUGGCGAACCCGUACGCUAUGGGAUCACUGUAUCAUAGUCCAGGAGUUCAAAGCUAUUGUGGACCGACAGAUAAUUUAUCAUUGGCAGGACAUUACACUGAUAUGCGAGGCUCGGCUUCGUGGUAUGGAUCAACGGCAAAUGACCCUAGAUUUGCAAUUUCACGUCUUAUGAGCUCCUCAGCCGGUGGAUCAAUGGGUCACAUGGGAAACAUGACUGGGUUAGCUGCAUGCAGCGUAAGUGAUACAAAACCUCUUCAGUUUCCAUUAGCACAAAGACGAAAAAGACGAGUUCUUUUCACACAAGCACAGGUCUAUGAGCUUGAGAGAAGAUUUAAGCAACAGCGAUAUUUAUCGGCCCCUGAGCGAGAACACUUAGCAAGUCUUAUUCACUUGACCCCCACACAAGUAAAAAUAUGGUUUCAAAACCAUCGGUAUAAAUGCAAACGACAAGCAAAAGAAAAAGCAAUGGCAGAACAAAAUCAACAUAAUCAAUCUGCAAGCUCGCCAAGGCGCGUUGCUGUUCCCGUUUUAGUAAAAGAUGGGAAGCCAUGCCCGGGAGCAGGCAAUUCAAUACAACAGCAAACACACACUAAUAGCUCAACAACAUCUGGAAACAACAGCAAUAAUAGCAAUGGAAAUGCUAAUGGAGUAGCUGGAACAAGUUCAGUUCCAAACAAUGUACCAAGUGUCCUAAAUCUGAUCCCUGGAGAUGCGCCUAACUCACACUCCCCUGACACAUCAUCAUCUCUGAUAGCAAGUUACAGUGGGACAGUUGGAGGUUCCAAUGCUUCUAUGUUACAACAACCCUGCAAUAAUGCUCUAAUGUCUAAUAGUUUAGCUAUGGCCUAUCGAAACCAAAAUAAUUUUAUUUCGAAUGGUCAUCAACAACAGUGUGCUGGUUACUUGCCAUUGCAAGGUAGAGCAUGGUAAAAUUAGAAUUAGAAUUAAAUUCUUUCGGUUCUGUUAAAGUGUA